AUGUUUUUCUUUGUGGAGCUUUGGAGAAAUAUAUCUGUUAAGCCAAGUCAGCUUGGCCCAAGAUAUAAUGAAUAUAUAGAUGACAUUUUAAGAAGUCAGCGAGCACCACCUUAUGGGUACGUUGUUUGUGUGAUAAAGAUUAUUUUGAAGCAGCCUGGCAGAGUACAGGAUAGUACAGGGUUGAUAAUUGUGCCAGUGAAAUAUCAGGCUAUUGUUUAUCGCCCAAUAAAGGGAGAAGUCGUGGAUGGGGUUGUUGAAAGUGUUAAUGAACUGGGUGUUAUUGUAGACUGUGGUCCUCUAAAAAGAGUUUUUGUAAGCCAAUCAGCUUUACCUGAGAAUAUGGUCUACAAAAGUGGGAUUGACGGCCAAAACAGCAGAGUAUAUAUAGAUACAAAGACUCAAACUCAAAUCAAGCAAAAUACUCAGGUUAGACUUAGGCUAAGGGGAGUUAAUAAUGAGACUUUGUCGGCCGUGGCAGAAAUGAGUAGUGACUUUCUGGGGCCUAUAGAUGAUUCUAUUCAGUAA